GGCUGUCAAGUGAUCCUGAAUGGAAAUUCGGGAAAUGUAACUUGGCCUAGUGAUGAGAUGUCUGUGAUCACAUGUGAUUGGCAGGUGGUUACUAGUGGUGCUUCUUCUGGCAUCUCACUAAGAUUCUUGUCACUGCAUUUCCCACAGUCAAAUGCAUCAGAUAGCUGUCAGUCCGGCUUCAUCAUGUAUGGAGAAACAACGUCACAGGGAGUCAAAUCCGUGAAGGGAGAAGUGUGCGGUUCAGUAAAGCCAAGCACGUUCUUCUCUAAGGAAACAUCUGUUUGGAUUAAAGUUGUUGCCUUGAAUCCUGAAAGCCAUUUUGCAAUACACUAUACCAUCAUGCCAAAUAAAGGUGUCAACCAUAUCCUUAUUGUUGGGUCUUUGGUAGGUGCUACUGCUGCUGUCAGUAUCUUUGCUGGUGUGACUUACUUCCUAUGGUGUUUGGUGAGGAGAAGAAAGCAAGCCAAAGUAGGAAUCGCUCAAACUGAGCAGGCAAUCUGGUUUGCAAAUUCUGUUCGUCAGAGAAACGACUACCAGGGACGAGCAACGUUUGCAAUGGAAUGUUCAGGCUCUUCAGGAUGUUCAGGAAGUGCGUCAGGUCACUUGUAUGAAACAAUCCCUGAAUGUGAGACUCCAGUCAAGGUACAACUCGCACAAGUUGCCAUGUCCAGUCAACCUUCUCUACCUCUGCAACAUGACAUUCCCAAUAGUGACUCCAUAGCAGGACCUCAACAUAUACAAGUUGCCUCGUCCUCUCGGCGUUCUCAGCCACCACACGGUGCUACUCCAAACUGCAAAAACACUGGAAGUCCUCACCUACAAGGCGGCUUCGUAGACGAGAACAACAAUCAAGCACAGGAGACACCAGACAGUAGUCGGGUUUUUCGACCUCAACUGGCCAGCUAUCUUUCGUUGAAGAAGUGGGCGUCGUUGGUAAACAUGUCGACUGGCUCAUCCAUAACCUCUAUAACGGAUUCCAUUCAAAGCUGGGUCUCACUGCAUGGAAACGAUGGCUUUCCAGGGAACCAAGAGCUGAGUUCAUUAAAUCCAAUCUUUACUGACAGCUCCAUUACAUCAUCGGAGAAGGUGAAAUCACUCCUAUCCUGGCUUGAUUUCCAAAAGUGCAGGAGGGCAAAGUCAACAGACGCCUCGCGUACCAGCAGCUUGGACUGUCUCACCGUGCCAAAAUUAAACGUCCGCAGAACAAGCAGGACUAGCACGAAAGAUGCAGCUGCAACGAAAGAAGGAACACCUACCAAGAAAGAUGGAGAGCAGUCGACGGCAGCGGCCAUGCAAGCCUGCGUCACUCCUGACCCAUCAUGGAUGCCACCUUCAGUCAGCCCACUUGCACUCUUCUCCUUCCCCGACAUGAACACAGCGCGAGCACCGUCCGAGUCGGACAGCGUCUUUCUCCUCGUCCCUCCUCUGUGCUCCUCUCUAUCUGACCUUGCCCUCUUCCCGCGCGCAAUCACCUCCGUUUCGCAAAGGAAGCCACAGCCGAAAAACCAUUCAGGAGUGCAGCAUUUCGCCGCCGUCAGGAGAGCGCGACACAGGAAUCAUUUCGGCGCCCCAAGAGAGAACGGCUUUGCGUCGGUCGGGCGGAAACGGUGCCGCAGCUCUGGCGAGAGCCGCGGCAAGGCGCGCAAACUUGUUAUGAGCGCCGACGGCAGCAGGAGGCGGCCGCAGCGACACGGCGCGCACUCGAGUCUGCUCCGCCGGGGCGUGCACAACGCGUGGAGGCAGCGCGUGCACUCGGCGUGUGGCGGCCGGCCGUGCGUGUACGUUCUCAGCCCCACGCUCAACGCGAGCAAGCGUGUCUUCAUGCCGUGUACCGCGCCGCCUCUCAAGGGUCGCCCGGCACGCCUCGCGUUCACCGACAACCGCGAGCUGACGCCGCCACACAGGUUUUCCUUUGCGGAGGCUAGCAUUGCCAGUGGCAUCCUGCCAUCCGGUGACAAAAGGCACGAGACAACGUACAAUGUCAAUAGCUAUCCUUUUUACCGUGCCGGUAGCGUGAGCGCAAAAUUCGCAUCGAGUACACCGCUCUCUAUGGCGCAUUAACAUACUGAGACAACGUAACAGUAGCACUUCUCCCCCCAGAUUAUACUGAGGUGUAUGAGCAUAUCAUAGGUUGAUGAAGUGGCGAUUUGUAAUUAAUUUGCCUCUUUAUCUGCAAGCACAUUAAUAGCCAUGGUUGAUGACUUCAUCUUAUAACGUUCAUUUGAUGUUAAAGUAAAUAGCGUAGAGUGAUUAACUUUAAUUUACCUAAAAAUGGAAGUGGAACCAUGUAAUUUAUUUUUUGUGUUUGCUUAUAACUGUUGCACCCUAUUAACACCUGUUAUGCUUUAAAAUAACAUUAAAUUAUCAAAUAUAAAUGA